AUGGCUGCUUCAGCUGCAUUCUUCAUAUCAUCACCACCUUUCGUACCCUUUUCCUGCAAAAUUCGCAGACCAUUUCUAUUGCUUUCUCCAAAAUACCCCAAACCGGUUUCGGUGCGAGCUUCUGUGCCCUCGAUCUCCAUCGAUGACAAAUCUUCAGUCCAAACUAAGACUAGCAAUUGGCAGUGGAAGUUCAAGGGAAACUCGAUCGGAAUAUAUUAUGAAGAGCAUGAGAGGGAGAAAAGUGAAUCAGCUAAGAAUAUCCUUAUGAUACCAACAAUAUCAGAUGUUAGCACCGUUGAGGAGUGGAGAUCUGUGGCUAAAGACAUUGUGCAGCGUGAUGGUGAAGUCAGCUGGCGAGCAACUAUUGUAGAUUGGCCUGGUCUUGGCUAUUCUGGUAGACCAAAGAUGGAUUACGACACAGAUGUCAUGGAGAAGUUUGUGGUUGACUUCAUGAACUCACCUGAGAGCCCAAUGAGCCAGUCAGCCCUUACCGUGUUUAGAGUCCCUUACNGUGGGUGUGUGGAGUUUGCUCGCAAGGUGUUCGACGAAAUGCGUCAACCCAAUUUGGUUGCGUGGAACGCUGUGAUCACUGCCUGUUUCAGGGGGAAUGAUGUUUCCAAAGCCAGGGAAAUCUUUGAUAAGAUGCUGGUGAAGAAUCACACGUCGUGGAACGUGAUGCUUGCUGGGUACACUAAAGCUGGGGAGGUUGAGAGUGCUCAACGGAUAUUUUCGGAAAUGCCUCACAGAGAUGAUGUCUCUUGGAGCACUAUGAUUGUUGGGUUUGCUCAUAAUGGGAGUUUCAGUGAUGCUUUCUCGUAUUUCAGGGAGUUGCAACGAGCGGAGAUGAGACCAAACGAGGUAAGUCUGACUGGAGUUCUUUCUGCAUGUUCACAAUCCGGGGCAUUUGAGUUUGGGAAGACGAUACACGGGUUUGUAGAGAAAUCAGGGUUUAGUUGGAUAGUUUCUGUGAACAAUGCGCUUAUUGAUAUGUAUUCUAGGUGCGGUGAUGUCCUAAUGGCUUGGUUAGUCUUUGAAGGUAUGCAAGAUAAGACAAGUAUUGUAUCUUGGACAUCAAUGAUAGCUGGCUUAGCUAUGUAUGGUCACGGGGAAGAAGCUAUAAGACUCUUCAAUGAAAUGAUUGCAUCUGGUGUUACACCAGACGGGGUAUCGUUUGUGUCACUUUUGUAUGCUUGCAGCCAUGCUGGACUGAUCAAAGAAGGUGAAGAUUACUUCUCUAAGAUGAAGAGCGUUUACCAUAUAGAACCAGCGAUUGAACACUAUGGUUGCAUGGUUGAUUUAUAUGGCCGAUCUGGAAAACUUCAAAAGGCUUACAAUUUUAUAAGCCAAAUGCCAAUUGCGCCAACAGCCAUAGUGUGGCGGACUCUUCUCGGGGCGUGCAGUAGUCAUGGGAAUAUUGAAAUGGCAGAGCAAGUAAAACAAAGGCUUAAUGAGCUUGACCCAAAUAACUCGGGGGAUCUUGUUCUUUUGUCGAAUGCUUAUGCUAUUGCGGGUAAAUGGAAGGAUGUUUCUUGUAUCAGAAAGUCAAUGAUUGUCCAGAGAAUCAAGAAGAUAACUGCUUGGAGCUCUGUUGAAGUUGGCAAAACCAUGUACAAGUUCAGUGCAGGGGAGAAAAAGAAGGGAAUCGAUAUAGAGGCUCACGAGAAGCUAAAAGAAAUAAUCUUGAGGCUUAGAAAUGAAGCUGGGUAUGCACCAGAGCUAGCAAGUGCUUUAUAUGAUGUAGAAGAGGAAGAAAAAGAAGAUCAAGUGAGUAAACACAGCGAGAAGCUUGCACUUGCAUUUGCUCUAGCUAGAUUACCCAAAGGAGCAAAUAUCAGGAUAGUGAAAAAUCUUAGAAUUUGCAGAGAUUGUCACGCUGUUAUGAAACUAACUUCAAAGGUUUAUGAAGUAGAGAUUGUGGUCAGAGACAGAAAUCGCUUCCAUUCAUUCAAGGACGGUUAUUGCUCAUGCAGUGACUACUGGUAAAAGUUCUGAAUAAAUUGUACACCA